CUGGUGAAGAUUCUGUUGUGCAGUACUGAGACUGCUGAUAAGCGAUUUGUGGACUGUGGGGAGUUUUCCGUUAUCCUGAAGGAUAGCGACCCGAGGCUGUCUAAAACUCUGACUUUGGCGGAAUUUAAUGUGGCUUUUGGCGUUUUUAGGGACACUCUGUGCGAGGUUUACCCGCUUCGUCGGGCGGAAUUGGAUACCUAUUUGGCGAUCAUUUCUGACCUGGCCCUUUCCUAUGGGGGUUCUCUCUUCUAUGAAUAUCAUAAAUCCUUCUCUGCUAAAGCUGCGCUGUCCAUUCAGAAAUUCAACCAGAGGGUAGAUUGGUCUGUUGUGGAUCUAGGCUUGAUAAGUCGCCACUUUACGGGCCAUAAAACCCUGGCAUGCACCGUUUGUGGGUCUUUCUCUCACACGACCUCACUCUGUCCGAGGACUGCUCUGCAACGUCUGUCCACUUCCCGACCUUUGUCCCGUCCCGACGCUCCGGCCUCGAGUUCAGGGUUCCGUCCGAGACGUCAGGUACAAACUUUCAGGGGGUCUACGCCCCAUCUCUGUAUGAACUUCAAUGAGAGUGUUUGUACCUAUCCUAACUGUAGGUUUUUGCAUGCAUGUAGUUGGUGCGGGGACAGCCAUCCACGCUCGGUGUGCCCCAGGAGACCUCGACCUGCUCACUCAGGGAAAUAAACAUGAAGCAUCCCUCUACUCCUGUGAACGUGCCUGCUCUCUCCGAAGCCUUGUCUAAUCAUCCUAAUAGAUGCUUUGUAAACUACCUGAUUACCGGUUUGGUCCAGGGUUUUCUAGCGGGUCUGUGCUGGCUCCCAAAAGUGACGCAUGUGUUUAGGAAUCUGCAAUCGGCUCUCCGAGAGCCGGAGGUCGUUGACGCGCUCUUGGCUAGGGAAGUCGAGAAGGGCUACAUGCUUGGUCCUUUUUCGAACUCCCCCUUUUCUGUCUUCCGGAUAAGUCCCAUCGGCGUAGCUACCAGGAAGUAUUCUCGUAAGAAACGCCUUAUUGUAGAUCUGUCCGCCCCUCGCAAUUCGUCUGUCCCGAGCAUAAACAGUUUGAUUCCUCCGGAGCCCUUUUCCUUAUCCUACGCUACCGUCGAUAAUGCAGUGACGAUGAUUCGGAUGGCGGGUGUGGGCGCUUGGCUGGGCAAGGCAGACAUUACUGAUGCUUUCAAAGUGCUGCCACUUCACCCGUCCCAGUGGCACCUCUUUGGAGUCAAAUGGCGGUCUCGGUUCUAUUUUUCGGUUAAGCUGACUUUCGGCUGCCGUAGUAGUCCUCAUAUAUUCGACACCCUGUCGGAGGCGUUGUGCUGGAUUCUCUAUAACGGCUGCAGGUUGCCUUUCGUGUUGCAUCUCUUGGAUGAUUUUCUGGUGGUGGAUUUUCCUUCUUCUCCUCCGGCUCGUAGCAUCUCUUUGUUGAAAGACCUUUUCCGGGAGUUGGGUGUCCCUCUUCAGGAAAAGACCGUAGGCCCUUCCACUCGCUUGGAGUUUCUCGGCAUCACUCUUGAUAGCGUGCUCAUGCAGGCUUCCCUGCCUCUUGACAAGUUGUCUCGCAUUAGAGAGGCUCUUAGCUCCUAUUCCUCUGCUGCUGGUGUUACGAAACGUGGUUUGUUGUCCCUGCUAGGUCACCUGAAUUUUGCUAUGCGUAUUAUACCUCAUGGUAGGUCUUUUGUGUCUCGCUUGCUGACUCUGGCUAAUUCUGUUGUGGAUUUGUCUGAUCUGGUCGUAUUGGAUGAGGGCUGCCGUUCGGAUCUUCGCUUUUGGUCCGUGUUGUGUAACGAGUGGAAUGGCAUUUCCUUUUUCUAUAAUGAUUUUGUUGAGUCCUCCGAUUCCCUCCGUUUUUUCACUGAUGCAGCCCCUUCUGUUGGUUUUGGGGGGUUUUACAACAAUGAGUGGUUCGCGGAAAAAUGGCCCUUAGAGAUUCAGGCUCUCACGGAGUCCAAAUCAACAGCUCUCUUUGAGCUUUACCCCGUCGUCGUUGCUUGCCAGCUGUGGGGCCCCAGUUGGACAAGAAAACAAAUCGUGGUGUUUUGCGACAAUUCUGCGACGGUAGAAAUCAUCAAUAAAGGCCGCUCCAAAAUACCGAUAAUAAACAGCCUCAUGCGUCGUCUCACCUGGCUGUGUGUUCUGAAUAAUUUUAUUCUGCGGGCAGCCUUUAUUCCAGGUCACGAGAACCGCGUAGCUGAUGCCCUGUCUCGUUUUAAAUUCCAGGAGUUCAGAGACCUGUGUCCCCAGGCCAGGCCACACAGCAUUUCCUGCCCGCCGUUCAAUCAGAUGAUCCUGGAUUGAGCGCUUCUAAGACCCUGCAAGAUCUUU